UGUCAGUUAAGCAGAAACUGUCGAUCUAGAACUAAAAGUAAAACGAAAUGUGGUGCUGGUUAUGGGAAAGUAUUCCCAGUUUGACGGAUAUCGAUCCAUACAGUCUUGCUUUUGCGAUUGUCGCUUCCAUUCUGGUCAUAUGCAAUGUCUCUUCUGGGGUCCAAUUGGCUGAGCUUGGCCGAUACUGGCACAACGAGAGAAGGGAAGUUGACUUUCACAUCGUUCCGGCUCCAAAUCGUUCUUCCGGACCGAGCAAUAAUCAGAGUCCCAUCAAUAUAGAGACUGCCUGCUACGUACGAUCCAACUUUGUGGACCCCUUGCAAUGGUCCCACUAUGAUGAUCUCCCCUUGGGGAUUCGUUUGGAGAACAAUGGCACUACAAUUCUACUGCGAGCCGUCUUCCAGGGCCAAAUACCCUGCAUAGAUGGAGGCGAUUUAUUGGGCCGCUUCCAUUUCCAUGAGAUCUGCUUCCGCUGGAGCUGGUACAAUAACGCCGGAUCGGAACACACAGUGGACAAUCAACAUUUUCCCCUGGAGAUGCAGUGCCUCCACACAGAUACCGAUUCACCGGACUACACCUCCAGUCAAAGCCUGCUCAUGAUAUCCUACAUGUUCAGUCUGUCCGAAGAUAAUCCCUAUCUGGAUGUCCUGGUCCAGCACUUGGCUACUGUCCAGCGGGCUGGUCAAUGUGUGGAACUUCCGCCCUUUCCGCUCAGCUAUUUGAUGCCGCCUUUUUACUCCAACUUCAUCAGCUACCAUGGAUCUCUAACAGAGCCUCCCUUCCAUCGCGGUGCCGAGUGGUUCAUCUGGCCCUAUCCCCUGGCCAUUGGAGAGCGUCAAUUGAAUGAGUUCCGUCAGCUGCGUAAUGCCCACGGAGCCAGAAUCAGCUGGAAUGGACGCCCGGUUCAACAGCUGAUGGAUCGCAGUGUCUACUUUAAUGAAUAUAGGUGCUAAUCUCUUUUGAUCUCUUCGUAAAAGACUCUACCCAGAUCAUUCGAUUCAAAUGUAAUAGCUCCUUUUAUUUUUAUUUUAUAAUUUUAAUACGUGAU